CACCAUCUCUGUCUAAACUCAACUUCAAAAUGAAACAAUAGCUUGAAGCCUUAAACGAUAAGAGAGAUAUUUUCACCCCUCUUUGAAAUAUCAUCCUUUCCCAAACGCCUCCUUCCUUCAUUCUUCAACUCCUUUUUCUCUCUCCUCCAAGCCCUCAUUCUCACUACAUAACUUCCAUUUUUAAGGUCUUCCAUGGUCUUCCAUUGAAGAUAAACCUCUAAUCCCAGAGCUUAGUUUAUUAACAAUGGCGGCUUUUACUGCCGUGUCUAUUUGUCCUUGUAGUCCCUCUUAUCGUCCUAACCAUUUGAAAAACCGCUACGUUUCCUGCUCUGUUGUCCCCCCUCGUAAUUUAAGUUCAAAUGCGACAACAGUACCGCGUAAAAGACAUGUAAGACUUGAAGGUCCUAGAAAAAGUAUGGAAGAUUCCGUAAAGCGAAAAAUGGAGCAAUUCUUUGAAGGUCCCACUGGUCCACCUCUACGUGUUCUGCCAAUUGGUGGUUUGGGUGAAAUUGGGAUGAACUGCAUGCUUGUCGGCAAUUAUGAUCGUUAUAUUCUGAUUGAUGCAGGAAUUAUGUUUCCAGACUUUGAUGAGUUUGGUGUUCAAAAGAUUAUACCGGAUACCACUUUCAUAAAAAGAUGGAGCCACAAAAUUGAAGCUGUAAUUAUUACACAUGGGCAUGAAGAUCACAUUGGUGCGUUGCCUUGGGUCAUCCCUGCCCUGGAUCCAAACACACCAAUAUUUGCAUCCUCUUUCACCAUGGAGCUCAUAAAGAAGCGUCUGAAAGAGUUUGGAAUCUUUGUCCCAUCUAGACUAAAGAUGUUUAAAACCAAAAGGAGGUUUACAGCAGGGCCAUUUGAAAUAGAACCCAUCAGGGUUACUCAUUCAAUACCUGAUUGCUGUGGAUUAGUUAUGCGCUGUAGUGAUGGUACAAUUUUCCACACUGGUGAUUGGAAGAUUGAUGAGAAACCCGUGGAUGGUAAAGUUUUUGAUCGUGUUGCAUUGGAGGAGCUUGCAAAGGAAGGAGUUACAUUAAUGAUGAGCGAUUCAACCAACAUUAUGUCACCUGGGAGGACUAUAAGUGAAAGUGUUGUGGCAGACUCACUGCUAAGGCAUAUCUCAACUGCGAAAGGAAGAGUUAUUACUACUCAAUUUGCAUCUAAUAUACAUCGCCUUGGAAGUGUUAAAGCAGCAGCAGAUGCCACAGGUCGAAAGUUGGUUUUUGUCGGGAUGUCCUUGAGAACAUAUUUGGACGCUGCUUGGAAGGAUGGGAAGGCACCUAUUGAUCCCUCUACUCUGGUUAAGGUGGAAGAUAUUGAUGGCUAUGCUCCAAAAGAUUUGUUGAUUGUAACAACAGGCUCUCAAGCAGAGCCACGUGCUGCCCUUAAUCUUGCAUCGUUUGGGAGCAGUCAUUCCCUCAAGUUGAAUAAAGAAGAUGUUAUAUUAUACUCUGCCAAGGUCAUACCUGGAAAUGAAAGUCGGGUGAUGAAAAUGUUCAAUCGCAUUUCAGAACUUGGAUCGAAUUUAGUCAUGGGUAAAAACGAGAUGCUACACACUUCUGGUCAUGCAUAUCGUGAGGAAUUGGAGGAAGCACUGAAGAUUGUCAAGCCACAACAUUUUCUUCCGAUUCAUGGAGAGCUGUUGUUCCUUAAAGAACACGAACUGCUUGGAAGAUCAACUGGCGUUCAACACACUACUGUGAUAAAGAACGGAGAGAUGCUUGGAGUGUCUCAUCUGAGGAAUAGGAGAGUUUUAUCAAAUGGGUUUGUUUCUCUUGGCAAAGAAAAUUUACAGUUGAUGUAUAAUGAUGGUGACAAAGCAUUUGGCACAUCUGCUGAACUUUGUGUUGAUGAAAGAAUUAAAAUUGCUACAGAUGGCAUAAUAGUGAUCAGUAUGGAAGUUUUACGUCCUCAUGCUGCAGAGGGUUCUACAGAGAAUUGUUUGAAAGGGAAAAUAAGAAUAACAACACGGUGCUUAUGGCUAGAUAAAGGAAAGCUUUUAGAUGCACUGUACAAAGCUGCACAUGCUGCAUUGUCUAGCUGUCCUGUAAAGUGUCCUCUGUCACAUAUAGAGCGGACAGUUUCUGAGGUGUUAAGAAAAGUGGUGAGAAAGUACAGUGGAAAAAGACCUGAAGUAAUUGCAGUUGCCACAGAAAAUCCAGUAGCAGUUCUUUCUGAUGAAGUCAAUGAACGGCUAUCUGGAAAGUCAAAGACUGGCUUCAGUCUAUCGGGAUUGCAAAAGGCAUUUGAUGGACAGCAGCAAAAGAAAAAUUCUGGAAGAGUACAAGACGUGGAAGACGAACGUCCUGUCUCUGUAGCUAGCAGUAGCACCUCACAUCUGGAGUCUGAAGAUGGUAGUGAAUUCGAUAGACUCCUUAGCAAGGUUGAUGAUGCUACUUCUACUUCUAGUUCUAAUGUAGAAGCAGGCUCUACUACCGAAUCUGAAGAUUCCGAUGGUUUGCUAGAAAAAAAUGGUGAAGUUUCUAGUUUGGUGGAGGAAUCUAUAGACAGAAGCGGACCUGUGGAAAUUAACGAAGAGGAACCUGAUGAGACAGUAAAUCGAUCCUCAAAGCGUUCAAAGGCAACAAUACGGAAUAAAUGGAAGCCUGAAGAGGUUAAAAAGUUGAUAAUGCUGCGCGGAGAUUUGCAUGAAAGAUUCCAGGUUGUAAAAGGACGUAUGGCACUUUGGGAAGAGAUAUCAUCAAGUCUUGUGGCUGAUGGCUUCAAUCGGACACCUGGACAAUGCAAAUCCUUGUGGGCUUCUCUGGUCCAAAAAUACGAGGAAAGCAAAAGUGAUGAGAAGAGCCAGAAAAGUUGGCCAUACUAUACUAAAAUGGAUAAAAUAUUAUCUAAUUUGGGGGAAGUGGUGAACUCGUGAAUCAAGCAUUUCCCAUAGCAAGAUUGCUUUUUGAUGGAUCUCCAAUUUAUCAGUUAUGAAGAUUUUACCAUUCUGAUGAUGGAUUUUGAAGACGCGUGCUGCAGACUGCAAUCAUGGAUACCACGAUGGCUGAAGCAGAAAGGGUGGAUUUCUUAUAUCUGUCUAUUAGUGGCUUAAAUUUUUGUACAGGAAUCAAGAACAAGAUGAAAAAUUGAUCAAUUUUUGACACAAGUACUAGUGUAUUAGCUUCUUAUAUCA